UGAUUCGUUCUUGCUUUUCAGGGCAGCAAACAGCGAUACCACUGGCAGAUGCAAAACGUCAAGCAGAGCGGGGUGGACGACAUGGUCCUGCUCUCCAAGAUCCACGAGGACGCCAUCGUGGAGAACCUCCGCAAGAGGUUCAUGGACGACUACAUCUUUACGUACAUCGGCCCGGUCUUGAUUUCCGUGAACCCCUUCAAGCAGCUGCCGUACUUCACGGAUCGCGAGAUCGAUAUGUACCAGGGAGCGGCCCAGUAUGAAAAUCCCCCCCACAUCUACGCACUGGCGGACCAGAUGUACCGCAACAUGUUGAUCGACAGCGAGAACCAGUGUGUCAUCAUCAGUGGGGAGAGCGGAGCUGGCAAAACCGUGGCUGCCAAAUACAUCAUGAGUUACAUCUCCAAGGUGUCCGGCGGAGGGCCCAACGUUCAGCACGUAAAAGAUAUCAUCCUGAAAUCCAACCCGCUUCUGGAGGCGUUUGGGAACGCGAAGACAGUGCGAAACAACAAUUCAAGCCGAUUUGGCAAAUAUUUUGAGAUCCAGUUCAGCCGCGGUGGGGAGCCGGACGGAGGCAAAAUCUCCAACUUCCUGCUGGAGAAAUCUCGCGUGGUCAGCCAGAACCCUGGCGAGAGGAACUUUCACAUCUAUUACCAGCUGCUGGAGGGAGCCAGCCCGGAGCAGCGGGAGAAUUUGGGGAUCACCAGCCCGGACUACUACUACUACCUCAACCAGUCAGCGGCGUAUAAGGUGGACGACAUAAACGACCUGCAGGAAUUUCAGGAGACUUUGACAGCCAUGGAGGUGAUUGGCCUCUCGGAGGAAGAGCAGGCCCUGGUGCUGCAGAUUGUGGCUGGCAUCCUGCAUCUGGGCAAUAUCACCUUCCGAGAGUCGGGCAACUACGCCGUGGUGGAGAGCGAGGACUUCCUGGCCUUCCCGUCCUACCUCCUGGCCGUCGACCAGCAGCGCCUUCAAGAGAAGUUGACCAGCCGCAAGAUGGACAGCAAGUGGGGCGGCCGGCAGGAGGUCAUCGACGUGACCCUGAACGUGGAGCAGGCCAACUUCAGCCGAGACGCCCUUUCCAAAGCCCUCUACGCUCGCCUCUUCGACUACCUGGUGGAUGCUGUCAACAAGGCGAUGCAAAAGGAGCAUCAGGAAUAUAACAUCGGCGUCCUUGACAUUUACGGCUUUGAAAUUUUCCAGAAAAAUGGCUUCGAGCAGUUCUGCAUCAACUUUGUGAACGAGAAGCUGCAGCAGAUUUUCAUCGAGCUGACCCUGAAGGCUGAGCAGGAGGAAUAUGUUCAGGAGGGCAUCCGGUGGAACCCCAUUGACUAUUUCAAUAACAAAGUUGUGUGCGACCUGAUCGAAAACAAAGUGAAUCCCCCAGGACUCAUGAGCAUCCUCGACGACGUCUGUGCCACCAUGCACGCCAAGGGCGAGGGGGCCGACCACACCUUGCUGCAGAAGCUUCAGUCGGCGCUUGGCACACACCCCCAUUUCAACAGCUGGAACAAGGGCUUCGUCGUCCAUCACUACGCUGGCAAGGUGUCCUACGACGUGGAAGGAUUCUGCGAGCGCAAUCGGGACGUCCUGUUUACGGAUCUCGUUGAGCUGAUGCAGAGCAGUGAAAUCCCGUUCAUCCGAGACCUCUUCCCCGAAAGCCUCAGCAUGGAGAAGAAGGGGCGCCCGACCACGGCAGGCAGCAAGAUCAAGAAACAAGCCAACAGCUUGGUGAGCACGCUGAUGAAGUGCAGCCCCCAUUACAUCCGAUGCAUCAAGCCGAACGAAACCAAGAAGCCUCGAGACUGGGAGGAGAGCCGGGUGAGGCAUCAAGUGGAAUACCUGGGGUUGCAAGAGAACAUCCGGGUGCGCCGGGCCGGGUACGCUUAUCGGCGCGUUUUCCAGAAAUUCCUCCACAGGUAUGCCAUCCUGACGCCGGAGACGUGGCCCUCCUGGCGCGGGGACGAGAGGCAGGGCGUGGUGCACCUGAUGAAGUCCGUCAACAUGGACCUCGACCAGUUCCAGCUGGGACGCACCAAGGUGUUCAUCAAAGCCCCCGAAUCGCUUUUUCUUCUGGAGGAGAUGCGGGAGAGGCGCUACGACGGCUUCGCCCGGGUGAUUCAGAAGGCCUGGCGCAAACACGUGGCUGUCCGUAAAAACAUGCAGAUGAGAGAGGAAGCUUCCAACAUCGUCCUCAACAAGAAGGAGCGCCGUCGCAACAGCCUGAAUCGCAACUUCAUGGGAGACUACAUCGGCUUGGAGAACCACCCUGAGCUCCGACGCUUUCUGGGCCGGAGGGAGCGCGUCGACUUCGCCGAUACCGUCACGAAGUAUGACCGGCGCUUCAAGACGGUCAAGCGGGACCUGAUCCUCACCCCCAAAUUCCUCUACCUGAUCGGCCGGGAGAAGGUAAAGCAGGGGCCCGACAAAGGGGCCAUUAAGGAGGCCCUGAAGAGGCAAAUCGAGGUGGAAAGGAUCCAGUCGGUCUCCCUCAGCACCCUGCAGGAUGACUUCAUCAUCAUCCAUGAGCCCCAGUACGACAGCGUCCUGGAGUCCGUCUUCAAGACGGAGCUUCUGAGCCUGCUCUGCAAGCGGUACGAGGAAAGGACCCAGAAGCAGUUGCCCAUCAAGUUCAGCAACCAGCUGGAGUUCAAGGUGAAGAAAGAUGGCUGGGGACCCUGGGGAGCGGCCGGCUCCCGCCAGAUCCAGUUCCAGAUCUGCCAGGGGGAUCUGGCUCUGCUCCGCACAAAUGGGAAAGUCCUGGUGGUCAGCAUCGGGCCCGGUCUGCCCCGCAAUGCCCGACCUAACCGGAAGGACACCCGGAAAAGCCGUUACUCUGGAGGAGGCCCCGCCCUCGGCUGGCACGCUCCAACCAGCGCAGGUUCGCAGUGGGGCCAGCGUGGCCGUGGGGCGAGGCCCUCCUUCCAGCACCGGCACUCCAUGACCCGGCAAGCCAGCGUGGAGCAGCCCAGCCUGCCCCGCCAGGGUGCCAGCCCGCGUGCCCGAGCCUUUCCCGCUCAGCUUGACCUGGGCUUCAUGAACGUCCCCGACCAAGGAGUAGCUGGCCUUCAGCGCCACCUGAGCAAGGAAACCAAGCCCAUCCCGGGGGGAGGCCGGGCCAAGCCCACACCCAAGCCCAAACCCCAGCCGUGCCUUCCGCGGUGCAGGGCUCUGUACGCCUAUGACGCGCAGGACACGGACGAACUCAGCUUCAACGCGAAUGACUUCAUCGAAAUCAUCAAGGAAGAUCCGUCCGGGUGGUGGGAAGGCCGCAUCCGUGGCAAAGAAGGGUUGUUCCCAGGGAACUACGUGGAGAAGAUCUGAAACCAAGGGCGUGACGGCCUUUCUCCUGCGCUGCGGGGGGGGACUGCCCGUGACUUCCGCCUGGUGGCUGGAAAAGACCCGGAGUUACCCCGCAGGACGCUGUGGUAGGGCAGCUGACCGACACCCGCAGGAGAGCGAAGAAAGGCACCUAGUUGACCUGGAGAGAUUAGUACCCACUCCUCUGCGCCCCCUGAAAGCAGCCAAGAUAACCCCCUUGCCUCGCCUUGUACUACGCAGGAACAAGGCUGUUUACGGCACACACCAACGGCAUCCCGCUGUCCUAGAAGCCUCACCUGUGAAUAUCAGCCUGGUGGACCUUUAACACGGGGAGGCGGAAUGGGUAGCUGGGGAAGGAAAAGAGCGCUCCACCCUCAAAACGCCUUAAAAGGCAGGGAAAAAAAUGGGAGUUGCGUCACAGCACAAAGCCUUCAGCCAGCCUCCCUCGCAGGAGCUUGGGUUUCAAAAUGUGCAACGACCCGAGGGCCUGGUGCCGUCCCCGUUUCCUGCCAACCCGUGCGAAUCUGAAAGUCUUCUGAAAGAAAAGAACUGCAGUGGUGAAAACUUAGAAGCGGGCAGCAGAGGGAAUGUAGAAAAUACAAGUGAAAUAAAUUAUGUACAUCGAG